AUGCCAUCUAUCUAUCUAUCUAUCUAUCUAUCUAUCUAUCUAUCUAUCUAUCUCAUUUUGUUCGCUAUUCUAUCUCUUCAUAUGAUCUAUCUCAUUUUGUUAACUAUCUAUUCAUUUGUUAUCUUCUAUCUAUCUAUCUAUCUUAUUUUGUUCAACUAUCUAUCCAUCUAUCUCAUUUUGUUCACUAUCUAUCUAUCUUCUAUCUAUCUAUCUAUCUAUCUAUCUAUCUAUCUAUUUUAUUUUGUUCAUGAUUAUCUAAUAUCUAUCUAUCUAUGUAUCUAUCCAUCUCAUUUUGUUCACUAUCUAUCUAUCUAUCUCAUUUUCUUCUCAUUUAUCUAUCUAUCUAUCUUAUUUUGUUUAUUAUCUAUCUAUAUAUCUAUCUAUCUCAUUUUGUUCAUUAUUAUCUAUCUAUCUAUCUAUCUAUAUAAAUAUAUCUAUCUAUAUAUCUUAUUUUGUUCACUAUCUAUCUAUCUCAUUUUAGAUGAUAUAUAUAUAUAUAUAUUUUGUUAUAUAUAUAUAGAUAUAUAUCUAAAUUUUGAAAUCUAUCUAUCUAUCUUCUUUUUUGUUCUACUAUAUAUCUAUCUCUUUUUUUGUUCUAAAGAAUCUAUCUAUCUAUCUAUCUAUCUAUCUAUCUAUCUAUCAUACUAA